AUGGGGGAUUGGAGCUUGUUGGGGAGUAUCUUAGAAGAGGUACAUAUACAUUCAACCAUCGUGGGAAAAAUCUGGCUAACCAUCCUUUUCAUAUUCCGGAUGCUCGUUCUUGGUGUGGCAGCAGAGGAUGUUUGGGACGAUGAGCAGAGUGAGUUUGUGUGCAACACUGACCAGCCUGGGUGUAAGAACGUGUGCUACGACGAUGCAUUCCCCAUUUCUCUUAUCCGAUACUGGGUGUUACAAAUCAUUUUCGUGUCCUCUCCCUCUCUGGUGUACAUGGGACAUGCACUGUACCGUUUGAGGGCCCUUGAAAAAGAGAGACACAAGAAAAAAGCUUUCCUGAAAGCAGAGCUAGAGGGCGCUGAGCCCAUUCAUGAGGACAGACAGAGGAUAGAGAGGGAGCUGAGGAAGCUGGAGGAACAGAAGAGAGUAAGGAAAGCUCCACUCAGGGGCUCCUUGCUUCGCACAUAUGUCUUCCAUAUCUUGACGAGGUCGGUGGUGGAGGUUGGCUUCAUAGUGGGACAAUAUGUGCUGUACGGAGUUGGACUGGAUCCUUUGUACAAAUGUGAGAGAUUGCCUUGCCCGAACAGUGUGGAUUGCUUUGUGUCCAGACCAACUGAGAAGAACAUUUUCAUGAUCUUCAUGCUCGUCAUCGCUGGGGUUUCUUUGUUCUUGAAUCUCCUCGAGAUAUUCCACCUGGGAGUGAAGAAAGUCAAGCAAAGUCUGUAUGGAAAUAAAGGCACAGAUGAUGAAAGCUUAUUAGCUUUCCGGUCCAAGAAAAACUCCAUGGUCCAGCAGGUGUGUGUCCUUACAAACUCAUCACCCCAAAAGAUGAUGCAGCUCACUCAGACGGCCUACACAAUGGUCCCUAACAGCCAUGUGGAUGCUGUCCCCUUGUACCUGCAUUCGGUAGCUCCUCACAACGAUAGUGGUGGCACCAACGACUCAGAGCAGUACCCCAGACAGACUGAGCUCCAGUCCCUGCGACAGCUGGGAACCGUGGAGCACCACUACACCCUGGACCAGAGGAACCACUCAUGCAGCAGUGAUGAUUCCAACGGACCUAAAGGCUCAGGCCAUCCCAGGCACGGCGGAGCACAACCACGGCCUUCCCUCAUGGCUAGCCAUAUGGAGAUACCAGCAGCCCUGUGGAACCAGCUACGCAAACAGAGUCGGGUCAGCGCUCUGCAGGACUACAGUGACAUGAGUGAUUCACCUGACAGUGGUCACUAUCCCACGGGGAGGAAGGCUAGUUUCAUGUCCCGGGGACUCUCUCAGACCAACCUGGACAGUCCUUCUGAUAGCCCGAACUCCGGGAGUGGGACGGACACAGAGGCCAAGCGUAUCGCCCAAGGAGAGAGCCCACCUAUGACCCCCCCUCCAGCCAGUGGACGAAGAAUGUCAAUGAGCAUGAUUCUGGAACUGUCUUCAAUCAUGAAAAAGUGAGAACUGGCUGAGGGACCAGAAGAAUCUGGGGACCCUGAUCACGAAGCAACAUUCCCCUUCUAAUUCCCUAAUUGUAUUCAUAAUAACAUAUGUAUUGUGGAUGAGCAGUAAGCACAUUAGUAUAGUUACACUGAACAAGAAUAUAAAUGCAUCA